AUGACCCACUGUUGCUCCCCUUGCUGUCAGCCUACAUGCUGCAGGACCACCUGCUGGCAGCCCACCACUGUGACCAUCUGCCGCAGCACACCCUGCUGCCAGCCCUCCUGCUGUGUGUCCAGCUGCUGCCAGCCUUGCUGCCGCCCAACUUGCUGUCAAAACACCUGCUGUAGGACCACCUGCUGCCAGCCGACCUGUGUGACCAGCUGCUGCCAGCCUUCCUGCUGCAGCACACCCUGCUGCCAGCCCACCUGCUGUGGGUCCAGCUGCUGUGGCCAAACCAGCUGUGGGUCCAGCUGCUGCCAGCCCAGCUGCUGCGCACCCGUCUACUGUAGGAGAAUCUGCUACCACCCCACAUGUGUCUGCCUGCCUGGUUGCCUAAACCAGAACUGUGGCUCCAGCUCCUGGCAGCUCUGCUGCUUCCCAGCCUGCUGUGAGACCACGUGCUGCAGGACCACUUGCUUCCAGCCCACCUGUGUGACCAGCUGCUGCCAGCCUGCUUGCUGCUGA